AAUUUUUAAGCAACGGUGAACCAGAGGCGGGUGAACCGUUCGGCGUUGUUUCUAUGGUAGCAGCCAACAACACUGAACUGAUAAUUUGCUUUUGGGGUUGUUCCAUUUCAUCUGCUCAUCAGCCUAAACUUUAUAAUGUCCGACGUUGGUUCUGAAGAGUUUGACGACGAGAAAGGUUCCUUGGGGGAGUAUGAGGGGGAUAGAAAUGAAACUGGAGAGAGACAUGGAGAAGGCAAGUCUGUGUUACCUAAUGGAGACACUUACGAGGGAGCGUAUAAAAACGGCAAGAGAUCUAGCCGGGGCACAUACAAGUUCAAAAAUGGGGCCAGAUACAUUGGAGAAUGGUAUAGGAAUUUAAAACAUGGACAAGGUGUAUUUUAUUACCCAGAUGGUUCCAAAUAUGAAGGAAGUUGGUUGGAUGAUCUGCGUCAGGGUCACGGUGUUUACACAUACCCUAAUGGAGACAUUUACAAUGGUGAAUGGCUAUCUCAUCAAAGACAUGGUCAAGGUACAUACAUAUAUCAUGAUACAAACUCUCAGUACAUGGGCUCAUGGAUCAUGGGUAAAAUUGAGUCAGCUGGAGAGCUUAUCCAUCUCAACCAUAGAUAUCAGGGCAACUUUGUUAAUAAUAAUCCAUCUGGUCCAGGGAAAUAUGUAUUUAACAGUGGAUGUGAGCAGCAUGGAGAGUAUUUCCAGAUAGAUCAGGUGAAAGGAGAUACUGAUCAAGAUGAGCCUAUCAUAACUACUUUAUUGAAGUGGAAACCCAAGGCAGUUACUAAGCUUUCUCAUUGGACCACUGUUAUAGAUACUGUCUCCUCAGAUCAAGGUGUGGUGGAAGAGUUUCUGUAGCGAAGAUGGAGGACCACCAGAUAAUAGUUCUUGAACUUAUCAAUGAAAUAGAUAUGCAAAUAGUUUACUUGUUUUGAUGCCAUUGCAGACUUUUCUUCAGCAGGACAUUAUUUGAGUUUAAAAAAUAAUAUCCAGAGCCUUGUAAUUCUUUUUCAUGGAGGCACAUGUUUGAAGCUACACAAAUUAUAUCUAUCCAUUGUCAUAAUUCUUUAGACCAUGUCUUUUAAAGUUAAACAAUUCAUUAACACUAUGUCUUUUAAAGUUAAAAAUAUGUUUGUGUAAGAAAAUGAUUAGUUUAUCAUAUUUUUUAAUAUAAACAGAGAGCACAGAAAAGGAUGUUGAUAAUGUUGUAACCUGUCUUCUGAAGCAAAAACAAUGUUUUUCUCUAAGAAAAUUAUUCAAAUUCAACUGUUGAAACUAUAGAAAUUGGCUUGCAGCCGGUAGUCACACGCAUAUACACAAGAGAGUUGAUGUAAUUAUAAAAUGUAAUUUUAAAAUAAACUGUAUGUUACA